AGGCAGAGAUCAAUCAGCUGACGGAUAGAUGUGAGAAGCUAGAAGGAAGCUGUAAGGAGGAGAGAGAGAAGGGGGGCGCGAUGAGAGAGAGGGUCACAGAGCUGGAGACAGAACUCAAGACAAAGUCAGAGCAGCUUGUGGCGAGCGAGUCGGCGACCCUCGCCCAACGCUCCGACCUUGCGAAUGACGUCAAGGUCAUGCGGAACGCCCUCGACGACAAACACAGAGAGCUGGAGCAGUCUCAGCGACGGCUGGCUGAGACUGGCACCGAGCUCUCUGCAGCGACGCAGCGGUGCGAGGCGCUGGGGGAGUCGCUGAGGGAGGAGACGGGUCACGGCGGCAGUCUACAGGAGGAGUUGGCAUCGCUACAGGAACAGAUGAAGUCAACGCUAAAUGUGAUAACAUUUUCCUCUAAUUGA